CAAAGAUGCCCCCAACCCAUUUAACCGGCUCACACUUGGGCUGCUCCUGAGCUCCAUUGCAGGCCACCCAAUAGGGGCCGACCUUGAAGGCGUUUGGGUCUACGCUAGCCUCUAGACCCUCACAGUGUGACCUCUAACCCUGGUAUUUAAUCUUAGGGCCAGCCCCUGGAGUAGGUUGAGCGGGUAGCCAUGGAGCUGGGCAGCUGCUUCAAGACCUACGAGGAUUUCAAGAAGUGCUUCAGCGUCUACAAAAAGGAGAACAGGUGCUCCUUCAUUCUCAGGGACCGCGUCUCUGUCCGCUUCCACAACCUCAACCAUGGCACCUCUAUCCGUGAGGACAUCCUAUAUGUGCAGGUGAAAUUCGUCUGCAUUCGGACCCAGUCAAACAGGAAGAGAACACCAGAGGCGGACACAUGCCCGGCAUACUUGCUCCUGCGGUACAACGAGAAACUGGAUAGACUAUUUAUCAGUGAACUCAACACCCAGCAUAUACACGUUGACUCCAAAACUGCGGAUCCUGGAGGAGACACUGCUGGCAAAUCUCAAAAGACGAUGUGCUUACAGAAACCUGAGCCUGAGCAGCCUGCCUUCAAGAAAGACCUGAACAUGGCUGAGAAGCCCCCAGUGGAACCAUCAUUUUGCUCAGAUAAGGUCCAAGCAGCCUCCCAGCCAGAGCAGGAGGGUAUCACCCCUUCUGACCUGGCCAAGAUAGCAAAAGUGAUGAAGAACUUUCUCAAGGUGGACGAGGGUUCCAUGGCCUCCCUCAGUGUAGGCAACAGCCAGGACCUGGACCGGCUCAGCUUUCAGAGCAGCAAGAUGAGCAGCCUGUUCGUCCGCUUCCCAGAAAGCCUCUUGCUGCAUCGGGUGGAGAACGCCCAGGGCCACAUUCUCUAUGCUUUCUUGGUGGAGAACAAGGAACGGGAGGGCCGAGUGGUACACUUUUCUGUGCUCAAGGCCGAGACAGCCACGUCUGUGGCCAAGAUGCUGAGUAUCUUCGCGGAGUUCAACUCAGAUUGGCCCAAGAUCAAGGUGGUCUUUGUGGACCCAUGCUUCCCUCACCGGGCCGUCCUGCAGGAGGUCUUCCCCGCCGCCCGCCUCCUCCUGUCCAUCUAUCACACCACCCGCCUCCUGGAGAAGAAACUGCAUCGUAGCUCCACCGAUGCAUCCUUUAAAAAUCUCAUGAAGGAAGCCCUGCGGGAGGCGGUGUUUGUCACCUCCGAAGCCAGCCUGCAGAAUCUCUGUCAGAUGUCCCAGGCCCUGCUAGACGAGGAGCUCUUCAGCUUCCUGCAGGCCCACUGGUUCUCCUGUGAACUGCUGUGGUACAUGCACGUCAGGAAGGGCCUGCACGCGUGUAACACCUACAUGGACAGCCUAGACAUCGUCACCAGCAAGGUGUCCAGCCUCUUUCGAGAACAACAGUCCCUGCUGGACUGCAUCCUCCGCUUUGUGGAUUACAUAGACUGCUUUAAUACCAAAGGCGUGAAAAACUUGCCCACGGCUCCCCCCAAGUUAAAGAGAGUGCGGCCAGCAAGCAUGCCACCAAAGUCCAAGAAGCCUUUUGGAAUCUGUGGGGGGAGCCUCACCAGGAUCCCUGUGAAAGAGAUCCCGCAGCAGGUGCAGCUGCUGCAGCAGCCCCAGAUGCAGCCCUCGCACGGUGGCAUGCUAGACACCUUGCACCAGCGUGGCUUCGAACUGGCCUAUAAGCUGUGCUACAAUGAAUGGGAGGUGGUGCAGAACUCCACCCACCUGGUGGAUAUGGGUGGCGCCUCCGUGGACGUGCAGCUGCUAGAGGACUCUCACCAGGUCAGCAAAGACGGCUGUAGCUGCAGCUGCUCCUUUCAGCAGUGGUACCACCUGCCGUGCCGGCACGUUUUGGCCCUGCUGCACACCAGCCAGAAGCCCGUGGGUGAAACCAUGGUUUGCCGCCGGUGGCAGAAGAGGUACCAGCACCUCCUCGGGCCUGGUGGGGAGCUCCGGGCCCCUGUUGUGGUCCCAAACACGGGCCAGCCCGGGAAACAAGGACGGAAGGACAUGAUUCAGGACCUAAGCAGGGAGCUAGCAAACCUGCUAAUGCAGAGCGAGGGGCCAGAGUUGGAGGAGCGUUUCUCCACCCUGCGCAAGAUUGUGGACAUCUGGGCUGACCCUUGCCGGCCAGCCGAGCCCACUCAGCAGCCCGGGGACUUCAAGGAUGUGGGCCGCCUCCCUUUCCUCUGGGGAAAGGAGGAGGAAGGGGAGGGACUCCCUCUUUCUGAAACCGCGAUUCACAAUUGAAGCACUUGUUCUGAAGCACUUGUUCUGAUGCACUAGACCACAAAUCUCUCUCCUUGGAAGUCUGAGAGCUCACAGUGGGCAGGACACACUAGGGGUCAGCAUUUUAACCUAUGUCUUCUUAGAUAGGGCUGGGAAGAUUGUUAAAAUAGGGAGAAGAGGAACCCCAUCGUGUGACAGACCUUUGAACCACUCCCUUUUCUGCCCUGCCUUUGGCGUUCCUCAGAGCCUCAUUCAUUGUUCAAGGCCAAAGUUGUCUCCUUCUUUCUCCCUUAAUCCCUGAGAUCAGAUCUUACUCACUUU